AAGAUUUUUAACAGAAUUAAAUAAACUUUGGUUCUUCCCGUGCAUCAUGCAUGAAUAAUUCAUGUAGUGUUUAUUUUGGCUCUUUAAAGUUGUUUAUAAGCGAUAUUUUUUUUCUACAAGAUAUUCGCGAGAAUCAAAAACAAGCAAAGAGUUUGAUUGUGUUAGAGUUUAGUCAUCAUUCAGAUGUUGAUGGAAUUAGACUUGUUUUCAUUUUUACAAAGAAAUUUUUCAAAUAUCGCUCAUAAUAAAAGUGGUUCUAUUGGAAAUGGCUCAAAAUAAUUUUGAGGAGUUAAUUUCAGAACAACAAGAGAUAGAAUUGACAAAUUCAGAGAUCAUUGGUGCAUAUUCGGUUGAUCAAAAUGGAGUUUAUAAAAAUGACCUUAGUGCUUUAAAGUAUUUAAAGAAACAAUAUUGGAAUGCGCCACAAGAUGUAAAUUUUGAUUUGAAAGAAAUUUACAAAAGAAUGGAACCAAUUGAAAAGAAGCCUCACGACUAUUUGGAAAGACUUACAAAGUUAACAAGAUUCAUUCAAGAAAAUCCUAAAAAUAUCAUCAAAAAUAAAAGAGUUGAUGCUGAUUUUGUGUGCUUUCGUGGUGUUUUGACGAAUAUUUUAAGGUCAUUUUAUGAUUGUCUAGGAUUUGUUUUAGAAGCUGUAAAGCUUAAAGAAACAAUUUAUUUAGCUCUAAAAACAAAUAAACAAGAACCGUCACCUCAUUUGACAAUCUUUGAGACUUGUUUACUAUCAACAGAUCCAAAAGACGAAUCAGCAGCAAUAAAAAAGGAUGAAUUUAACAUUGUCUUAUCAAGAGAAAUAAAUGAGCUGAAAAUACUUUUUGCUGCUGAAUGCGAUGGGAUAAUUAGCGUUGAUGCUAUUGAAAAUAUACAUGAUUUGGAACAAUCAAUGUUAAUUGAAGUUAAAACAAAAUUAGAUAAACCUGAACACUCAAGCCCAACGUUCUAUGAUUACAACAAAUUAUAUACCUGGUGUCAGUCGUUUAUUGCAUCAAUUGACACUAUAUAUGUUGGGAAACGCAACGAUCAAGAUAUUGUGAAUAGAAUUGAGAAAUUCGAUCUUGAAACUUUGGAAUAUCCUAAACAUUCCUCCAAGUUCUGGGAAAAAAAUGAUUGUUUAAAUCGUUUAAGAGAAUUCUUGCGGAAUAUUAAAGAAGAUAUGCAAGCCGUUGAUGAUCCACGCAAAGUUUUUUCUUAUAAUUGGAAGGAACGUCCAAAGAAAGGACCGAAAAAUAAGUUUCCAAUUUUUGCUGAUGAACUGGAUGAUCGAGAAAAUCUAUCUCAAGAGUAUAUUUCAUUUAUUAAUAAUCUCAAGUAAUUUUACAUUUUUUUCAUUGAAAUGUUUAAUUUCUUUUACUUUUUUGCAUUUAUAAUACUUUUAUAUUGAGAACUAAGCUUUUAUAAAAGAUGUGAAUAAAUAAACUUUUCUCGAAUUCUUAACAAAUUUUUUGUAAAUUUUGAAUCAAGUUAUUGAAUACUUAAGAAAUCUCAAUCUCAAUCGCAGAAUUAUAUCAAAAUGAAUCAAACACAACAUAUUAUCGAUGUUGCAUUAUAAUUAUGUAAGUUUUUUAUUAAGUUCAAUCCAAUUAAGUCAAUAAUUUGAAAAA